CCAGUCGUGAACGCUGUCAGUGAGCGUCAGUCGCGACGCGGAGGCUCGUGACCGCGGUGUCCUCCUUCGACAGGACCUUCUUCAGGAUCGCGGCGGGAAGGCACAUCCGCGACGACGACGACGACGACGCCUACGCGAGUUGCGAUCGAUCGGUCGACUCUCCGCUCGUUCUUUCUUCCACGAGAAAGAGAGGGAGAAAGAGAGAGAGUUUUUUCGCGAAGGCAGCCAGGACUCAUCGGGAAUCUCGACCGACUUGAAGGAUCCCAACAUACUUUUUCGUCUCAUCAUCGUCCGUCACUGAAGGUUUCCGUUCGCACGCUUCGCCGCCGAUCUCGAGGAACGGAAAGGGCAAACGACGGAAGUGCAUCCUUGCGAACGAUUCGCCAAGAGGUUCUCUCCCUCUCUCACUCACGCACGGGACCUCGAGACAAUCGACAACCGGCUGAUUGGCGAUGGCACGGUUUCCCGCGCGGCGCCGUUUCACGACGUGCCGGCUUAUCGGCGGCUGCCACCGGACAACGGAAGCUGCGAAUGAACUGCUGUGAGAACGCGUUCGAUCCGCAAGUCAAACGGACGGAAACGGUCGAUUCGGUUCCUCAGUGUCGCCACAGGAGUCGUCGUCGUUUUCAUCCUUUUUCUCCCUGGGAGACGCACGAUUCCGGAGGAACACGCCGCGAAGACGAGAGACCCUGCUCUUGGGCUCGAUGGUAAUCGAAGACAAGUGGGUUCCGACGCGCAGAGAGGUAGUCGAUCUUCCUUUUGGAGCGGCGCCAAUUUCAGCGUCCACGACGAUGCCUCUGGCCUCGACUAGAGCUUUGUGUUGCCACACCGACCAAGUGUCAUCCGCAAGUCUUCACCGACAACAUCACAACCCUGUGGGCCGCUCUAACGUUCGCAAACAGCAGGAUUAGGGGACGAGCGAGUCGAAGAAAAUGCGGCCGACUGCAUGGAAACACGGUCAGACCGUUGUCGCACCGGAUGAAAGCUACGUCGACAUUGUCGCCGUGCACGGCGAUCGACGAUCGGCCUUUGACCUUUGCGCGCGCGCUCAGUAGCUCGAGGACCGGGAUAAAAGUCACGAGCGAAAGUCUCGAGUUGACGAGCUAAGCGGGGUCGAUCUCUCUCUGUCUCUCUAUUUCUUACUUGCCCGACUCGCCCAAGCCGCGAAACUCCAAUUCGAGGUCAUGAAGGUCCGAAGUUAUCCUGGUCGGGCGGUCUUGGAGGACCCGGAACUCCUCUUAGACCCGGAUGCGACGCGCGGCAGAGCUAUGGAGUUGCUCUACGAAGCCAGCUGGCGAGAGUGUGGCGUCAAUUGGGCCAGCCACAACAAUAACGGUAGCAACGGAGUCAAAGUCGUCUCCUCGAGGCGACAGGAGGACGAGGCCUACCGGCGACCAUACGCGGACAUGGUGUCGCAGCUCGUGACGGAACUGGAGGAACAUCCGACCGGGCCGUCCGCGACGAGAGAGAACGCGCGUUCCAGGGGAUCUAGCAGCACCGGCACCACCGACAGCGACUGCUCCGACGUGAACCAGCCGACGACCGGCAACGCUCAGGGGGGCUUCCUCAUUCCGAGGCCGCGACUCAUCGUGCCGGUUCACACCUACGCGAGGAGAAGGCGCACCGGUGCGCCGCAGCCUAUAAAGAGACGCCAAAUGCGAGAAGAGGGCAAGGUCGAGGUGUCGAGAGAUGGCAAAUACCUGAGCACCCUAGCACCUGGCAAAGUGCUGGGCGAGCUCGCGAUUCUUUACAAUUGCAAGAGGACAGCAACGAUCACUGCUGCAACCGACUGCCAGCUCUGGGCCAUCGAACGGCCAUGCUUCCAAACUAUUAUGAUGAAGACUGGUCUCUCGAGGCAGGCGGAAUAUACUGACUUCUUGAAGAGCGUGCCGAUUUUCAAGAACCUGCCCGAGGAAACUCUAAUCAAAAUUUCGGACGUUUUAGAAGAGACAUUUUACAACAAUGGAGAUUAUAUAGUAAGACAAGGGGCGAGAGGUGACACGUUUUUCAUCAUCAGCAGAGGGCAGGUACGCGUUACGAUAAAACAACCCGAUACAACGGAAGAGAAGUACAUCAGGACACUGAGAAGAGGCGAUUUCUUCGGCGAAAAAGCUUUACAAGGGGACGAUCUCAGAACUGCCAACAUCAUCGCUGACGAUCCGGAAGGAGUGAGUUGUUUGGUAAUUGACCGCGAAACGUUUAAUCAACUGAUUUCAUCCUUGGACGAAAUCCGAACGCGAUACAAGGACGAGCUAGUGGAACGUAGAAGACUGAACGAGGAAUUUCGGGAUCUACGGUUACAAGACCUUCGGCCACUUGCGACUCUAGGCGUGGGUGGUUUCGGAAGAGUCGAAUUAGUUCAAAUUGUCGGAGAUAACACGCGAUCCUUCGCUCUCAAACAAAUGAAGAAAGCGCAAAUCGUCGAGACGCGACAGCAACAGCACAUAAUGUCGGAGAAGAGGAUUAUGGGCGAGGCGGACUGUGACUUCGUGGUGAAACUCUUCAAAACGUUCAAAGACAGAAAGUAUCUUUACAUGUUGAUGGAAGCCUGCUUAGGCGGCGAGUUAUGGACCGUUCUUAGGGAUAAAGGUCACUUCGAUGACAGUACUACGCGGUUUUACACCGCGUGCGUCGUCGAAGCUUUUGAUUAUUUACACUCCAGGAACAUUAUCUAUCGGGAUCUGAAACCGGAAAACUUACUUUUGGAUAGUCAAGGAUACGUGAAACUUGUGGACUUUGGUUUUGCUAAGCGAUUGGAUCACGGGCGCAAGACGUGGACUUUCUGCGGCACGCCAGAAUACGUAGCGCCGGAAGUGAUUUUGAAUAAAGGGCACGAUAUAAGCGCUGAUUACUGGUCCCUCGGAGUUCUUAUGUUUGAACUGCUAACGGGUACACCUCCAUUUACUGGCGCCGAUCCUAUGAAGACAUACAACAUUAUCUUGAAAGGAAUCGACGUCAUAGAAUUUCCCAGAUCUAUCACACGUAAUGCUAUGGCGCUAAUUAAAAAACUUUGCAGAGAUAAUCCAGCGGAACGUCUUGGGUAUCAAAGAGGUGGUAUUAGUGAGAUACAAAAACACAAAUGGUUCGACGGUUUUAACUGGGAAGGCUUGAGAACCAGAGCCUUGGAACCACCGAUAUUGCCACGAGUCCAAAACGCUAUAGACACUGCGAAUUUCGACGAAUAUCCACCAGAUUCCGAUCCCCCGCCACCAGACGAUAUUACCGGUUGGGAUAACGAUUUUUAA